GGAGGGCGUACCUUACCAUAUUACCGCUCCCUGACUUUGUGAAAUCUCUCAAUAGCACAACACUCACAUCCCUCACAAAGACAAAGGGAAUCAAAGUGAACCCUAAGCGUUUAAAGGACGAUAAAGCUCAACAGCAGCAUCACUGAACUUCGAUCGAUUCAUCAAUGGCACUAUCUUCUCGCCUCUUCUCCAAAUCCAAUAAGCUGGUCUAUGCCAGUCAAGUAUUUCUGCAAAAGGAGCAUGCUAUUCCUGUUCGUCACUUUGCCAAAGGGUCUGCCCCUCCUUCCCUCAAGGAGAUGGUCAGUUCUCCCAUGCUAAAGAGCAUUUUUGUGGAGUUGAAGAACAAGUUUGAGACAGCCAUGGGAGUAUUAAAGAAGGAAAAGAUUACCAUUGAUCCAGAUGAUCCAGCUGCUGUUUCUCAGUACGCAAAUGUCAUGAAAACUGUUAGGCAAAAGGCAAACUUGCUCUCAGAGUCUCAAAGUAUCAAAGGAAUCAUUGAAAUGGAAACACAAGAUAUUCCUGAUGCUCGCACUUAUCUUUUAACCUUGCAGGAAAUAAGAAUCAAGGAUGGUCUUACGGAUGAUCUUGGCGCUGAGGCUAUGAUGAUGGAAGCAUUGGACAAAGUUGAAAAGGAGUUGAAAAAACCUCUACUGAGAGAUGAUAAGAAAGGAAUGGACCUUCUCUUGGCAGAAUUUGAUAAGAUUAAUCAGAAACUUGGAAUUCGGAAAGAAGAUCUACCAAAGUUGGAAGAUCAGCUAGAGCUUAAAAUGGCCAAAGCACAACUGGAGGAACUGAAGAAAGAAGCUCUUGAGGCAAUGGAAACGCAAUCGAAGAGGGAGGAGUUCAAGGGUGAGGAAAAGGCUGAUGUCAAAUCUUUGGAUGUCAGAAACUUCAUUUAAAAAAUGUCAAGAUGUUCGCGUACAUUAGAAAUUAUUGCAUUUGGAUAAUGGUGAAAUCUUGUUUCUUUAAUAAAUAGACACGAAUGAUUUUGAAGUGCAACAACGGUGCCAGUUUUUAAGAAAUGUUCGAGUUUCAAGAUCUUUGUAUUCCGAAUUCCAGAUUCAAACUGGAAGUUUAAAGUAUUAAAAUUUCUUUUUCCCCCC